AUGGGGACUGUACCUGACCCUCUGAGAUCCACUAAAACUUCCCUGAUUGCAGCUUCUUUAAAAGAGGAGGCUCAAGGAGAGCUGCAGGCUUCCCUAUCUCAGUGCCCACCAGCUCAACUGGGAAAGAAUACCAAUGGCCUGGCAGGUGCCCCUGCAGAACCAAGCCUUAGCCCCAGCACUGCUGCUGAGGCCGUGAUGCAGGCUUGUGAGCAUGAGACCACCCAACCAGACAUGUCUUCUCCUGGUGUCUUCAAUGAGGUGGAGAAAGCAUCUCCCACACACAAUUCUCCUGGAGAUCCCCAACUGCUGGAAAGCAGAGAGCCCACAGCACCAGCCCCGAGCCCUACGGCAGCAAAGGAUCUUGUACACAGACCAUUUACAAUGCCAGCCAAUCAGCACACCCACCAGGCCAUCCCAGGUGAUCGGCCCAAUGCCAGCGCCUCAUCAGAACCUGAAGAUUCCUUGGUGAAAUCUCCGAGAACCUUGAAUGGAGCCCAAACGGAGAAGUCAAAUUGUCCUGCAGGGGGCACCUGUGGCAGCAGCAAAGAUCAGGCAUCCUGUGAUUUUCCUUCUCAAGCAACAAUUCAGGGAAUGGUACAGAGCACAGCAGCCGAGGUGUUCAGUCAUUCUUCCCCUCCUGCAGGUGGGCCUGAAGGGGACAGGCAGCAAGCCAUCUGCCACUCUACAAUGAGGUCCUGUGAGCCUCCAGCAAGAGAAGAUGGAUGUUCAGAGAUCAAACAACCAUCUGCCACUGCCUCAGACACCCAAGGUACAACAUCUGGGACACCUCAGCUAUCCCAUCUCACUAGAGAAGUUUCAUCACGUACACUAGAUCCAGAGAAGGCACUGCGGCCAACACAACAGGUGUCGCGGUUCAAAGAAGCCAGUACAAUGACCAACCAAGCUGAAAGUGAGAUCAAGGAGGCCCCCAGCAAGGUUCGUCAAGAUGCCGAGGUGCAGGCGGUGGCCAGCGUGGAAAGCAGAUCGGUCUCCACUAGCCCCAGCAUCCUCACCGCUUUCUUAAAGGAAACCCCUGCCCUUGAGUGCUUGGAACAUCAAGAGCAGCUGCGUGUCAUUUGCCAGGGAAGUGGCAGUGGCAGCCACGUGUUGGAGCUCUCUAACAGCAUACAAGYCCCCCAGGAGGCAGGGCAGGGCUGUGGCAUCAUGGCUCAGGUGCACAUCCAGACAGCUGCACCUGUCUCUACAGCUUUCCAAGGGGAACUGAAAGGAGUAAGCCUACCAGAGCAGAUCCUGAAGACCUCACCCAUCAGCAGGGCCUGCAGUCAGGCCCAGGAUACUUGUAAAGAAGAUGGGAGACCAGCAGGAGAGACUCCAUUGAGGGAAGAGUCAACCUCUAGACAGCUUUCAGAUGCUAAUUCUAGCUCCCUGAAAGCUAGCCCCAUUGACCAGAUUGCUAGCAGUGCAGGUAGUCAGUCUAGAAUAAACCAGGAACUGGGGACAUCUGAAGCCAAGACAUCUGAUCACAAGACUGAUCCAGACUACAAACGAUCGGACUCCUGCAGCCCUGAGAGCAAAGAGGACCAGUCCAGGAGUUUGGAGGCCACGAGUAAAGGAGGUCCAAAGGAGACAAAGUCCAAGUCUCCUCAGAUAGUAAAAGAAAAGGAGCCUACGGGCACCGAUGCUCUAGAUGCCAAAACCCUACUGCUCAAUCCCAAAGCUCAAGAAAAUGGAGGCUCAGGAUCAGCUAAUCCCAUACCCUCCCCAAACAGAAAGAAUCAGGAGGGCGUCUUAGAGGAAAACCGACAGAGCAAGACAGCCACCAGCCUGAGCCUACCCCCGGACGCCAUGGGUGACUCCAGCCCAGGUUCUGGCAAGAGGACCCCUUCUCGCUCGGUCAAAGCCAGCCCUCGCCGGGCCAGCMGGGUCAGCGAGUUCCUCAAGGAGUUAAACGUGACAGCAGCUGCUGCUCAGGUGGGGCUCACACCGGGAGAGAAGAAAAAGCAGCUAAGCACAGAGGCCAAACUCCAGCUGAAGCAGUCCAAGCGGGUCAAGGACGUGGUGUGGGACGAGCAGGGCAUGACCUGGGAAGUGUACGGGGCUUCCCUGGACCCGGAGUCCCUGGGGAUCGCCAUCCAGAACCACUUACAAAGACAAAUCCGGGAACAUGAGAAAUUAAUCAAAACGCAAAGCGACCAGACCCGGAGAUCCAUUUCCUCGGACACUUCCUCCAAUAAGAAGCUGAAAGGGAGGCAGCACAGCGUUUUCCAGUCCAUGCUGCAGAACUUCCGUCGCCCCAACUGCUGUGUUCGCCCUGCCCCUUCUUCUGUGUUAGAUUGAAAGGGGACACGCAUGGGGGGGGGGGGUGUCAGCGUAUGCACAUAUGGUAUCAUAUGUGUCUGUCUGUAUCAAAAGCGUAAGUUGUUUUCUGAGAGACCAAGAAGAAAAAGCAAGUAUUAACUAUAGGAAAUUGCUAUUAAAAAUCGUGGGAUCCCUGGAGGGUUCAUAAAUAAAGAUGCCAUUUCAAUGUGAAAGAAAGAACAAGAGAAGCAAGCUUCACUGCAG